AUUAGGUCUUAAAAAGUCAGUCACAAUUCACGGCGUGGGGUUAGGUUUCAUCAUCGUCCAGUUCUCGGUAGAUGAUCCUAAUGCUACCGGCAUAGAGCUUCGCUCAUGUCAUUGGCCAUGUGAAGACUUCUCUCUCAGAAUCUCCAAUUCGUAUUGGUCCUCCUUUGCGCCAUGGCCCAUGGGCUCUAACCUCCGGGGUAGUUGUGGUACCCCCACGCAGAUCUAGGGCGGGCAACUCAACAUGGAUUAUCUCGGUAACAUACCCGAUAAGGGUUGUAACGGUGAUGGUACCGGCGUCUUGGCGUCUAGAACCGGCGGCAGUACUGAGCCGUCACAUUGAUUUAAUGAAUAACGGACUGGAAGGUCUUAGGUAGCAAAGCUUGUUUCUUUUUACAGCUGUCUAGUGUUUUAUUUCAUCGCCUCGAACAUUGAGUUUAUUUCGACGACUCCAAUGCCUCAACUACGACUUACCAGCUCGACAUGGUAGUCCAACUACUCUAUGAGGUAGUUGGUACUGCUAUCGGGGUUCUUUUAUACUCCCUCCUGUGUUUAGUGGCUAGUUCUAUCAUGAUAUGGCUGGUAUGGGCACAUCACGAGAGGGAUAGCUAUGUCGCACUGCUUUCAUAUUUUACGCUCUUGGGAACUGUUGCUAGCAUUAUUCAGCAAUUCCACACAUUCAUCUGCUGGAGGGAUGUCAAAGUUGAACAGUACAAAUAUGCCGUUGCGCAUCUCGACAGCCCCGAAAUUGUUAUCGCGGGACCGUCCGUUGGGCUGGACCUUGUCCUCUUCUAUAUACAAUACUAUACAUAUAAUGCGGAAGCAUUACUCACGCUUUUUUGGGCCAUUACACUUACGCGGACCGUCUUCAAAUUUAAAAACUUGACGACGUUUAGACGUAUCAAAUAUAGAACGAGUCAACUGGCCAAAGUCGUGGCAGUCAUCCUCCCCGGAAUUCUAUUGUGCCUCUUACGGUUGAAUAGUGUCCAGAGUUCGUAUAUGGGAUUCUUAAUACUUGCCAACUUCAAUAUAAUGAUCAGCCUAACUAUUGGCAGUAUCCUGUUAAUAGCAAUCCUUAUUAAAUAUAUUUACACUCGACGUCGACUUGUUUCAUGGAACGCCCAUUACUUAUUUUCAAGACAGUCACAAGAGGCAGGCAGAGAAAUUAUCAACGUUCUGGAUCAGGGAGAUAGUCGUCAGAGCAUAUACGAUCGCUGGCUCGUAUUACGCUUCUCUAUCGCGUUCGCAGUCUUAGGGGUCUUUCAGUUGAUCACAAUUCUCCUAGAGGUAUCACAGUUAUCGAACCACACGAUGGAGAAACUGGGCGAAUCAGCGAAUUUGUCACAGGAGAGGGCCGAAAAUGAUUUCCUGCUCUUUAUGCCGGGUGUAUCAACAAGUCUACUUGUAUUCGUUGUCUUUGGGACUACACGAACUUUUCGAAAAGCAAUAUAUAAGACAUUCGUCCCGAAGAAGUUUCAAAAGAAGCCAACCGAUACAGCCCCCGUAACGACUAUGAUACCCGACGAAGACAUUCAUGUCAACGAAGGAUAUGGGGCGAGCUUCUACGAUGCAAAAGGACAAAGACAGCCUGACUUGGGAUCGAGGAUCAUAAAUGAAGCAACGGCGGCGGCGGCGGAGACAAGCCAGCCUCUGGCGCCUACAGAUUUGGCCAGCGGAUGUGAAUUAAGAUAGAAGACAUUACUGGACGGUAAGCUGUACUUUUUUAUACAGCUUGCCAAGGGCCACCAUCGCGAUUUCUAGGUAGUCAUAUAAUAUUUCUUGGGAUACCAAGAGAGUCUAUGAAAGAAACUCCUGUACAGGAAAGAGAAUACGGAAUAGAGGCUAAUGCUAGGUACUGAGCGACAUCCGGAUUCAAGAUAGGGAAUGAUACCCACUUUGUUGUUAUUUAUGACCACCCCCCUAUUUUAUUAAGCUGUAAUGAUACUGAACCUUUCUAUUAUAUAUAUUUAGGGAUUAAUAAUCCAUAUAUUUAUUCGCAGUUGACUUCUUUAGAGUACCUAGGUAGGUAGAAACCUAGGUUGCUAAGAUGUAUCAAUAUAUUGGAUUCGAAUUUAAUCUACUCUAGGAAUAUCUGGCAGUAUUGUAUUUUAAUAGGUACC